UGGUCUAACCCAUGGGUUAUUUUAGCAAAAUGCUACGGUGGGGCACUGCUCUUAGCUGAAUUUCUUCUUUGUUUUUAAUUCUAUUUCUGCCCACAGCUUUUUUCUUUUUUUGUUUUGCUUCUUGUUUUUAAGUGCAUGAGAAGUAAAGCAUGUUUUUUUCUAACUGCAUGUGUUUUAUGAGGUCUUACUGUACAUGUGAGGGUUUGUCCACAGAGGAGUCUUUUGUGUUUCACUUCUGUGUCUUCCUAUUUUCACAUUCACUCAGUUUGAACACACAAAGCUGCACAUUCUCACACUCACGGUUACAACCUCACUGCUUCACCUACAAAAAGUGAACAUGGGGAAAAUUAAUGGAUGUCUCAAGUGUAUUUUUGUCUUCUUCAAUGUGCUCUUUGCAAUCUUUGGAGCUUUACUGAUUUAUGGAUUGCUACAGACCUCUGCCAGCUACAAGGGGGAGUUCUCAUCUCUUAAUGUGCCAGGCUUGAUCUUUUGGGUUUUUGCCAUCUGCUUCUUCGGUGUUUCCUCUCUGGGAAUCUUUGCUACAUGCUGUGAGUCAAUCAUCGGCCUCAAACUAUUUGCAAGCUUCAUGGGGAUUGGAAUGAUCAUCAUGUUGUACUGUGGCAUCACUGUAGCGAGAAGAAGACAUGAGAUAGAGACUGCCUUCCGGGAUGAACUACAAAGGGCCAACCUAAGAGAAGAAGUCCUUAGAAGCAUGGUUGAGGGGAUACAGUCAAAUUUUCAUUGCUGUGGAUUAACGAGUCCUGGAGACUGGGUUUAUGAAAUCCCUGACUCCUGCAAAUGCAGUAAUGGAAGAUAUGGCGGUUCUGGGGAUUUUGGCUCACCCAGAUGCCAAUCCAAGCCUCAGGGAAUCAGAGGCCCAGAUGAAAUCUAUGAACAGCCCUGCAUCAUUGAACUUUUGAACCUUGGCUUUAACAUCCUGUUUGGCUUCUUCUUUGGAUUUGCUAUUAUAGCCCUGCUGGGCCUGCUCAUUGCCAUCUGCAUGAUUAAUCAGAUCAAAAGUGACAACAGUAGAGAAUCCAUGUACUUGAGGAAGUACUAAAGGGAGCCACCACACCACAUGUCCUCUGACCUUUGAGUUAUGGUGCAUCAAGAGGAGUCGUGAUCAGGACGGGAUUUACUUUGUUUUACAAAAAGAAAAAGUAACGUGUCUUGUAAGUCAUUUCUCAUUUUUUAAUGUACCAAGCAUAACUUAAAAA